AUGAGCUUGCGCUGGCGCAAGCAGACCCACUGGCCCCCUUCGCCAUGUGUGGAAGACGAACUGGGGGAUAUGCCCGGACUCGAAGGGGUUUGCUCCCGAGGAACCGUCGACCAAUACCCACUGCUUACGACCGUCGUCUAUGAGGACGUCCACCGUGACAGCAGCCCGGAUGACAACGUAGGGCCGCCAACCCCGGUGGAUGAGAAACAGGACCCGAUGCUCUACAUCGUCGAGGAUGACCAAGCAGUCCCGUUGUCUGCUCCCCUUACGAUUCGAGGGAAGUCCCAUGACCCAUCUAGCAAGCCAGCUGUGAAGUCGAACCCUACCACCCGAGGCCGGCCCAGAGCAGAUACCAGUGCCCAGAGAGACAGCCCCAAGAAGGACACGGCCCAGAGUUCCCGGAAUGCCUCGAGAUCCUCUAACCUACGUACCCCUGCCGUCACCCAAAGCAAGCCGACUCCAUCCUUGCCCAAGCGAUCGGGGAGCGUGAAGCAUGGCCGCUCCGCUGACGCCCUUGCCUCCAAAUCCGGCUACCAGUCCGACUCGGCGGCAGUCAAGAGCAAGCGUGAAACGCCGGACAAACCUGCCCUGCCUUCAACAGAGAAGAAAGCUUCCACCGGACUUAGCGUGGCAGAAAGACUGGAAGAGAAGAUCCGUCAGAGACAACUUCGUGCAUCCAAGGAGGGCUCCGAUGCCCAGAAGACCGCUGGCUCGUCUGCUACCCAAUCCAGUGCCCCGGUUGAGCGUCCCGCGGAGCCACCCGUGGCACCUACAGAUACUGCAGCCCAGCGAACUGCUCCAGAAACCCGUCCCAGUUCCACAUCGACGCCAAAGGAACCUCCUAAGGAGCCGGCUACUGACCACCAGGCGGACGCACAUGAGCCACCCUCAUCCACUGCAGCUCCGGCACCGCAACUCCCACCACGCCCGCUCUUGGCCAGGUCGGCCGCCCGAUCGAUCUCGAGCGACCAGGGACAAUCAUCCGCCCAGCUGCCAGCUCGACGGGCCGUAUCUUUCCUAGAUGACGUGCCAAAGAGAUCCUCGUCGCUCCCAAGGACUCCCGAAGAUAUUCCCGAGCCACCAUUGCUGCCACGUCGACGGAGCUCAUCCCAGGAUGCUGUCCGUCAACCAUCGCCCAAGCCGCAGUUCUUCCUUGCCCCCUGCCCCAGGUCGAUUCCCGUCGCCGGGUACCAGGACUGGCACACAGUCAAGGGACUACCCCACUUGGCCAUCUGUCCGUCAUGCCUGAAGCAGAUGCGCAAGUCGGAGUUCCGUGACCUGUUCAUCCUGGCCAAUCCCCGGCCUCGCGGAGAAAUGGUCCGCUGCUCAAUGAGCGAGCCCUGGACACGGCUGGCAUGGAUGCAAACGCUCAAGAAGCAGCUGGACAGCCUCGAAUUGCUGCAUCAAAUCACACGGCCCGCCCUCAGCAGCAAGCCGUGCCCAGGCCGCACCAUCACCGACCAGCACUGGUACCGGAUCGUGGACCCAGAGACAAACUUGUACCUCCCGCAGUUCAACGUGUGCUCGGCCUGCGUGCGGAACCUACGGGUCCUGAUGCCACAACACCGGGAAACAUUCAAACGGUGCUCGAUUAAGCAGGAACGAGCCUGCGACUUUGUGACGGACAGCCCGCGGUUCGUCCGGUACAUCGACUGUCUGGACAUGGCAGCGAACCGCGCCGACCAGGAACACGCCCUCCGGCCGGACGUGACCGAGUUCCUCUCCUACGCACGGCGCAAGGUAGUGCUGCGGGAUUGUCGGCGGGACCGACCCAUCCUCAGCACAUGGCACUACAUGCCGCAGCUGCCAGAGCUCACGGUGUGCGAGGACUGCUACGACGACGUGAUCUGGCCGCUGGUCAAGCGCAGACAGCCCAUCGCGCGCAAGUUCUCGACCACGAUGCGGCUGCUCCCAGGCGACGGGCCAUCCCAGUGCCGGGAGGCGAGCUGCCAGCUCUACUCGCCGCGCAUGCGGGCCAAGCUCCUGGAGGCGGUGCAGCAGAACGACCUGACGUACCUGAAACAGGUCGCGCUGCGUCGUCGCGACGCGGAGCAGCGGUACCGGGAUCGGGAGGAGGAGCUCCUGGUUGACGCGAGCCGGGGAUACGAUGUGGCGGCGGAGAUGCGACGCAACGUGGAGGAGUGGAAGCGCAGCGAGUAGGACCGGGAUAUUGGUGUAUUUGUCCGUUUGAUUUGUAUCUAUUAUGUACAUGGUCAGGAACCCGCCUGUAUGCUAUUAGUGUUAUAUCAUGUACAUCAUCCACAUCAUCC